CGUCCAUUCCUCCGCUCGGUCGGGCGCCCCGUUAAGCCUGAGCCCCACCCACCCCCCACCCCCGAACCCUCGCCCUCCUCACCCCGCGCACCCCCUCCACCUCGCCGCCGCCGCCGACUCGCCGGGGCUCGCCGCCACCGGUGGUGGGGGGGAGCUCGACCUCCUCGCCCCACGCGCGCAUCCGGACGCCGUCGUUCUGGGCGCGGGAGAGAUCCGUCCGUCGCCCCCCGCUGGGCUUGCGCCAUCCUCUCGCCGGGUGAUUUGAGACAAUCAAGAUGGCUUUUUCAUCAGUUUUCAGGAGAGGAAAUGUCAAAGAAUUGAUCUCAAAUGUUUCGGUCUACACUAGCGCAGCAGAGUCAUCUGGAGGAUUGAGCUUGAUUUUUAAGCGUUGGGCCACCAAAAAGACAGCUGGAUCAACAAAAAAUGGCCGUGACUCUAACCCUAAGUAUUUGGGUGUUAAAAAGUUUGGCGGAGAGAAAGUGGAGCCAGGAAACAUCAUCAUCCGCCAAAGAGGAACCCGCUUCCAUCCUGGGAACUACGUUGGCAUGGGGAAGGACCAUACUCUCUUCUGUCUGAAAGAAGGACAUGUGCGAUUCGAGCGCAACAAGCUGACUGGCAGGAAAUGGGUUCAUGUUGAUCCUGUUGCUGGGCAUGUGCUCCACCCUGUCUACGCCAGUGAUUCGACCCCUGCAGCUGAAAUGGAGCCAUUGUAAUGGCUUUACAUGGAAUGAAGUAACAUAUGUUGCUGACAGCUUUCGUCCUUGCCUUGAGAGUGACUUCUCUAAAGAAACUUAUUGCGAUUAAGAGGCUUCUGGGUUGAAUUUGCUUGCAAUAAGGAACCUAACCAUCAUGUUUAGAACCCUUUUGUUUUUGGUUCUUGCUGUGGCUUAAAGUUGUUUGUUUUAAGUAUCCUUUGUGAUUUGUGGCAUGAAGGUUGACAAACCUACAUGAUUUAUGAACACACAGAAAUUCUAAAAAUGUUGCUUGGGCCGGGAAAGUCAAGAUGCUUAUUUUUCUUCGAAAUACCUAUGGAA